CUCCUCUAGUAGAGUCAGGUGAUGGUUCGGUCAUGGCUUCCGCCUCCUUCCUCCGACCACCAGCAGCAGCUCCCCCUGCACACCCUCACCUUCGCCAUCAAGGAGAUCUUCGACGUCGUCAUCCGCGUCACUGGGUUCGGCACCCCGGACUGGGCCCGGACGCACGCACCAGGUGCCGCCAUGACUCCCGCCGUGCUGGCCGCGCUCGCCGCCGGUGCACGGGCGUGGGCAAGACCAUGAUGGACGAGAUGGCCUACAGCAUCAACGGCGAGAAUGCGCACUACGGCACUCCCUCCAACCCCUGCGCUCCCGCCGCAUCCCCAGCGGCUCCUCCAGUGGCUCGGCCGCCGCCGUCGCUGCCAGUCUCACCGACUUCGCCCCGGCACCGACAGCUGCGGCAGCGUCAGGGUGCCCGCCGCCUACUGCGGCAUCUUCGGCCUCUACCCUUCACAUGGACUGGUCUCCACGCAGAUGUUCAAAACCGUCGGUGGUUUGCCAGAGAUCUAGCUACACUGUCCUGUGUCACCGACGUGCUGAUGCCGCCUGUGCGUGCCGACGCCUCUGAUGCCGAGCUGCGACGACCGAGCCAUGUCAUCAUUCCUGCAGACUAUUUAAAAAUCUUGGGCUCCAUGGAAGACCGCACCUACGAAAUCCUCAACGCUUCAGCGGCCAAGGUAUUCGGAAAUGAUACAGUGGUGAACAAUGGCAACAUUGGUGAUUUCGUCUCUAGCAACGUUCCGAGCAUCGGCAAGUUCAUGACCGACUUGUCUGCGGUCGAAGCAUCAUCAUCUUGUGUGCCCUCUCUGUCUGCCAUCUCACGUGUCAUGCGUGUCCUUCAAUGGCAUGUUGCUUUUUUGUCAGUUGUUUACAUACCUACUUACUCACACUAAGCGCAACCACAAAUAUCAUAAAAUUGUGUGCCCCUUAAAUGAAGCCAUGCCGUCUUCAUAAUUGCACAGUCAGAUGAACUCGGUCGUGUUUGUAAUGGAAAUGCCAGCAGAUUACUCAAAAUUGUAUGUAUGCACAUGGAUGAGUUAAAUUUGUGAAGAUGUACCACAUGUUUUUUAGGUCUGAAUUCAAAACAAACCACGCGGAGUGGGUGAACAUAGUCAAGCCCAACCUCGGCCCUGGCAUCCGAGAACGAGUGUAGGAGGCCAUUGUGUCAGAGGAUGAAUCUGAUAUGGAUGAUCUUCACGCCGUCAGGACUGAAUUCAAGUCUGCACUUGCCACUCUCCUCAAGAAGGAUGGUAUCCUGGCAAUCCCUACGGUCCAUGGUGCAACACCGAAGCUGGGCAUGGAUGCGGCGCUGCUGGAGGACUUUCGGGCCAGGGCCUUCUCCCUGCUGUCCAUCGCUGGCAUGCCGGGGUUCUGCCAGGCCAGCAUCCCGCUGGGCACCUGUUGCGGUAUCCCAGUGUAAGUGUCGCUGCUCGCCUGGCGCAAUGCAGACCCUUCCUCGUCGCCAUUGCUCGGGAGCUCCAGGAGGCGUUCCAAGAUGAGGCCGCCACAGCCUGGAGCUCGUCAGGUUAGCCUAAUUCGAUCAUAUCUUGCUGGAUGCUCCAGUAGAGGAGGUUGAAUGAUUUUGCUUGAACAUAUGCAAUAUAUACCAUGAAGAGCAGAGCUGACGGAGUGCGUAUAGUAAGUAGAUUUUGACCAUUAUGCAAACAAAUUUAGACUAUUGAUUAAUACUCCCUCCAUCCCACAAUGUAAGCCAGGUCUUACAUUGUGGGAUGGAGGGAGUACAAAGCAAAAUACUUCACACAAUACAACAACACACACUAUGCACUUCAGAGGCGAGAAGUGAUCGACCUUUUUAUUAGUUCAGACUUCAGAGUAAACCUGAUCGUGGAUAGCCCGGCUAGAAAAAUCUGGACUGGCCAUAUUUACCUUUUGAACCGGGAACUCGAUCGACUGGUUCUUCUCGGGACGGGAUGUGGCGUUGGUGACGGGUAAUGCAGUGCGGCGGCGGUCCGGAGUUAGCCGCCGACGAUGUCAUGGUGGCGGUGCGACGGGUGGCAUGGAGUUGGUGCGGUCUUGAGGCUGGUGACAGCAGCGGCUACAUCACGAUGGCGCGUCCAAAUCCACCUCUGGCGUCGUGGGCGGCCUCCCUUGUCGUGGCUUGCUGGUGGGGGUUGGCAGAUGUGUGCUCCCUCUGUCAAAUAGAGUUGAUGUACCCACUUUCAACAUUUCAUUUUCUUGAUAUAGAGAACAGAGGUGAAGCUCAGGAGGUGACGAGAUCCAGUGCUUAAUGUGGAAAUAGUGCUAUUCAAUCUAACAUGGAAAAGAAAGUGUUGCAUAGGUACCUCGCCUAAAAAGAGGGUGGCAUUUACAAAUGCGGAGGAGACAUGAUGACUGCCACGAAGAAAAGUGAAUUCGCAUUUGUAAAUGCCACCCGCUAUAUAAAUGGGAGGCACACACAUGCUCGACUGUGAUUUUCGAAUUAGAACAAUUUUCACAUGUAUGAAUAUUUUUUGUUAUUCCAUGGCAAAACACGGGCAUAUUUGUCACCAUAUUAUAUAUUUCCCUUCGUAAAAAGUUCUUACAUGUUUCUCUUUGAUAAAGUUCUACAGGAAGCAAGCAUCUAUAGAAUUGAUGAAGAUCAUUGACAUUUUGUCACAUUGCUUAGAAGAAUGAUCUUCUGAUAAAUAUAUUUUUGUA